CUACGGGCAGCGUUUAGCGUUAGCGUUUUCAAAGUAAUCUGCACUGUUAAAAUUUUAUUCAAAACGCUAAAGCUAAUCACUAAAGUUAUUCCCAAACACGCUGGACAAAACAAAUUGUUGGCGUUAUUCAUUGCCAAAUAAGAAGGGGAAAAAAUUGCAAUAGAAAAAAAUGGGGUUUAUCGUUUUAUUCUCCAAGAACCCUAACUAAUAAUACUCGUACCGACUGAUCUGAAUCUGAAGAGGGGAAGGGAAGCUGGAGCUCGGAGCUCGAAAUGGCGUUCAGAUCUAAAGAUGCAAUGAAGAAGCUAGUCAAGAAGUUAGAUGGCCAGAAGAGAUUGACGGCCGGAACCAAACAACUGCUGUUGACAUUGCCGCCCAAGAGUGACGUCAUCAUGGGCCGCGCCCACCGCGGCCUCUACGCCGGCCGCCAUAUCCAGUACGGGAAUCAAGUUAGCGAAAAGGGAGGAAACAAGACAAGGACGAACUGGAAACCCAACGUGCAGGGGAAGCGUCUCUUCAGCUACAUCCUGGACCGCUUAGUUCGUGUUAAGGUUUCCACUCAUGCCCUUAGAUGCAUCGAUAAGGCCGGUGGAUUUGACGAGUACCUCUUGAAGACACCGUACGAGAAGAUAGACUCGGAGUUUGGCGUGUACUGGAAAGCUAGGAUCCAAAAGAAGUAUGAAGAGCUAGGGGAGAAGAAAGUGUUCUCGUCACUAAAGGGCGAUGAGGCAAAGAUAAAAGAGAAAUUCAAGGGACUUAAGUUAGUCGAAAAGGCACAUUGUAGGGAAGCGAGGGUGAAGAUGUACGAUUGGAUACGCCGAUCCGAGAAAAUUGAAGACGUGAGAGAAGAAAAAGAACGGGCACACGGAGAAGGGCCGUCUAGUAGUAUUGACGAAGCUUCGUCGUCUCAAAGUGAAUUUCAUGCACAGAUGGUUGCCAAUGCUUGAUGAUGUCACCCUGUUUUUGCGGUAAAAAAAUUAUUUCACCUUAUGGCUAGUCCUAUACUCUAGCAUUUAGAGCUGUAUUGGAUGACUGACUUAUCCCAAAAGUGCUCUUACAAGAAGUGCUCUCUCUCUAUUCUGCAGUAAAAUUUUGCUUUGCUAAUCCUGGAGUGUAUGAAGCCCACCAACUUGUAUUACAUCAACUUUUUGUCUAUUUUCAUUAUUUGUGAUAAAAUAAUAUAAUUAUGACAUCUUU